GAUAGUCACAAACAAUUGAGUGUAAUUUGCGUCCGUACAACAGUGAAAAGCGCUCUCAUUAGAUUGGUUUAAAACAAAAAAUAUUAUAACCGUAUUACGAACAAGCAUACCAAAAGGAGAAGACUGAAACUGUGUCGCAAAGUUUAUCGCGAUGCUAUUGUUCAAAAAUCGACAUACUUUUAUUUCAGUGGUUGGAAGUUGACACCGUCUCAUAGAUACGGUAUGAAAUUUACUCAAUCGAACAGUUUGUUCAAUAGAUAAUUAUCGUUUAUAUAUCGACGUAUUAAAGUUAUAUCGUUAUACAAAAAAUGUUUGUCAUUCAUUUGAUAAUGAUGUUGAUACUUCACUUACUUGCCACAGAAGCGUGUUGGUCUGAGAAGCCACAAGAUAUUGACUGGAGCAAGCUGACGGGAAAUUGGUAUAAUAGUCUGGUCACACAUGACGAUUGGGCUCUAUCAAACAAAUGUGUUCUGGUCAACGUGUGGAAAGCAACAGAUAAUGGAGUCACAAUCAAACUUCAUCCUUUUCCUAAACAUGGUUUGGUAAAAGACAGCAUCACUCAUGAGCUACUAGAAGAGAAAGAGAAACCUGGAUGGUAUCAUAUAAAGAAGGACUCUGCGCUUCAAGAUAUUGCAAUAGUCGUUGAAUCUGUAACAAAGUCGGAGUCAACCAUUCCAAUUGCAAACUUAAUUGAAGCUCGAGCCCAACUUUACAUGGAACCUUUGACUUUCGUGACUGAUUACUCUUCAUAUCUUCUGGCAAUGGCAUGUAAUAAAGAUGGAGAAACCGUUGCGUGGAUUAACACUCGCGAUCGCACUCCAAAUCACGCGGAGAAAAGGAUAUUGAGAAUAUUAGCAAGAUUUCAUGGAAUAAAAAAGAAGAUGUACGAGACGAAAUGUAACGAGAUCAAGUUAGUUGCAACCUCAAGCAACGACGAAUACCACGAAUAAAUAAACAGGCAAGGAUCAAGAUU